UAACGACUCUCUCUCUCGCUAUCUCUAGGACGACCCGUUUGCGGCACUCGACUCUCACGUGAGGAGCCACGUGUUUGAGCGCGGUGUGCUGGAGCUGCUAGUACGCAGGAAGAGGACUGUGCUGCUCGUCACCCACCACGAACAGUUCCUACCCUACGCUAACCAGGUUUUAGUCAUGGACGCCGGCACUAUAGUGCACCAGGGGGCGCUGGAAGAGCUACAGCAGCGAGACUGCCACUUGUUGGAGCGGCUUAAGGAGCAUCUGAAGCAAUACACGGACGUUGAUGAGGGGCAGACGGAGGCUGAGCGGCAGCACCUGAAGAAGACGCUGUCUCUCGAGUCGCUGUGCGGAAUGCACCACAACCGCUCGCUGUCCGGGGGGAGCACAGACGAAGAGACGCCACUACAAAGUCAGUACGGCGAUGAUGCGAACACGACAAAGACACAGCUGAUGGGCAGCGAGGAGAGGCAGACGGGUGCCGUCGUCUGGCGUGUAUGGUGGGCGUACAUGCUCGCCUGCGGAGCCGCCAUGUCCAUGCUCGUCAUCUGGCUCCACCUGGUGAGAGAAGGAAUAAAGAUCUGCAUGGACUUCUGGCUGUCAGCGUGGGCCAUGCCGUCACACGCCACCGCCAUCUACGAAUACAACUCGUCCAACAUCACGACGGGCGACACCGGCGGCGAUGACGGAGACGUAGGUUACUACCUGCGUGGAUACACGCUGCUGUCGUUCAGCACGGUUGCCGUGACGCUGCUCUCCAGCAUCCUCGCGGAGGUGUUGGGGCUUCGCGGCGCACGCAACCUCCACCGCAGCCUCCUCAACAACAUCGUACUCUGUCCCGUCAGAUGCUUUCGUGUUUUUGCAGACGCGCGCGUGCUGGACGGGGGAGAGAACUUCAGCGUGGGCCAGAGGCAGCUGGUCUGCCUCGCGCGCGCCGUCCUCCGUGACUCUGCCAUCAUUGUCAUGGACGAGGCGACCGGAGCGCUAGAUGGCGCCACGGUCGACACGCUGCAGCGCGCCAUAGCAACGGCGUUCGCUGGCAAGACGCUCAUCACGAUCGCGCAUCGUCUCAGCACAAUCCUGGAGCACGACACGAUCGUUGUUCUGGACAGACACAGGCGUGGAGGCGAGAUCGUCGAGCAAGGAACGCCGCGCAGCCUGCUCCAGAACCCCGACAGCUCCUUCUACUCCCUAGUGAAACAACAGCAGUUGCUAUGACAACGGGCGCCGGUAGCGCCGUCUGGGGGAUCGUGUUCUAGUAGAUAGUCACUGGUAUGUGAUAUUGGUGUUCGCCGUUACCGGAGAUGAUUACUGUGAACUUCAGUACUGCCAAAAAAAGAAAUUGUCGUGGGGCUGAGGUGAACUAGGGAAUUGCCUUUAUUGUACAGACAUGAUAUUAUUGUUUACACCAUUGUCAGCAGAGAAUUCGUCUUUGCGAGUUUCCAAAAUGGCGGGAUUCGAAGCGCGCGCCUGCGUUCGAAUGUUUCACGUGCCGUCUACAGCCUCAGCGCCCUCUAUGAAGAGAUGCGAGAAUCUCUCCCACUCGUCUGUAUGUUAGUCGUAGGAGUAACACGUCGGUCUCACAAACACCACGAGCGAACGCGUUACUACGGAGAGAAACAAGCAGCGCGACGUUGUACAGUGCCACCGUCAUCGCAGUGUCCGCCGCUAGAUGGCGCUGUCUCCUGCUCCGUCCGGAUCUGGCGUCUGCGUCCUUGACCCGCUGUCGUCUGCUGU